AUGGAAAAUCUGAUGUGCAAAGGUUACCAGAUGUUCGAUAGAUUCCAGACCAUAGACUGGAAUUACACGAAGGAGUCUCUGAAACAACUGGCGAUCCUUCACGCCUUAUCAGUAGCGUUUUCUAUCGAGCAUCCGAAAGAGUUCGAGGAAAAAACCAAGAAUCUCACACUAAAAAGUGAUCUGGACUCAAUGAAGGAAGUUUUCAAGUUAACACUGAACAACAUUCUAGAAUCUUCAAAGGAAGAGCAUAAAGAUCGAUUAAAAAACUUUAUGCAAAAUACCGUUACACCAGACAAUAUGAACUUUAUGAUGAGACCGAUGAAACGAACGUUCAUAACCCAUGGUGAUUAUCGACCCAGCAAUUUAAUGCAUAAGUUACGCGAGGAUGGCACAUAUGAUAUCAUACCAAUCGACUACCAGACCCUUAGCCGCUGUAACCCCGCACUCGACGUCUUAUAUUUUCUAUUCAGCGGUUCAGACAAAGAAUUCCGAGCCAAAUACCUAAGGAAGGCUUACGACCAUUACUACAGCGAGCUUUGUGCUUCUUUAACUAGAUUGGACUUGAAUCCUGAUGAAAUAUAUCCAAAGGAAGACUUCGAAUAUGAAUUGAGAGAGGUUUUACCCCUCGGCCUAUUCAUAGGUGUGCUGCUGUUAAUAAUGAUCACUGCAGAAGUUAAUGAUAUACCAAAAUUCGAUCAAAAAACGGAAUUGAAUGAUCUGUAUUACUCUCCCAGUGAAGCUUAUAAGACAAGGAUGAACGACCUUCUAGAAGACUGUAUUGAAAUGGGUGUUCUCUAAUUGUUCAAAUGUAUUUGCGUAGAUUUGAGCUGAUACCGGCUAUUUGUUUCGUGCGAAUUUUGUAUAGGUGCACAACUGGAGGAUUUCAAUUUAAUCUGGUUUAACUAACAUAUAAAGGUACCUAACCUUCUUCCAGAAAUUCUGGCGAAGCCCAAAAGUGCACUGAAUCAUAAUAUAUAUAUUUUUGUUUUCUCAUUACAUCAAAAGAAACCUGCAAUGUUGACCCCCGAAAAAGUAACAUGAAUUAAUUAUCGUGAGAAAAACAGCCGGUUGUCAGGUUAACUCCAGUGGCAAUAAGCGUCUGCACCAGUGACAUGUUUAUUGACACUGCAAAGCAUGUAGACAGGGAAGUGUAUGCGCUGAAACUAAAGGGGGAAGUUGAAAUUGCUGGGGAUGAGCCGAUACGCAGUAUGAGCACAGUCUCACCAGCAUCACACCCAGUGAUGAUUACAGCUACAAUAACGUUACGUAACGUU